AUGACUCUACCAUCGUUUCAAUCCGAGCUACCUUCAACCACACACUAUCGUGUGUCAUUUCCCGAAGCCCGUAUCAUGUUAGUCACUAUAGAUCGAGAGAAACAACGGAACUCUCUACCGUCCUACGCUCACUGGGAAGCACAUGAGCUCUUCACCUGGUUCGACAAUGAGCCAUCGCUCCUUGUGGCUGUCGUCACCGGGGCCGGGAACAAGGCCUUUUGUGCAGGGCAGGACCUCCAAGAACAGAGCACGAAACGGACAAAUGAGAAAACGGCAUCUGAGAAAGCUCUACUUACCCAUCCUCCGACAGGGUUCAUGGGACUCAGUCAGCGGAAAGGUGUCAAGCCCGUCCUGGCAGCUGUGAAUGGGUUUGCUCUGGGUGGAGGGUUUGAAAUUUGUCUCAAUUCUGACAUUAUCGUUGCAUCUCCGACGGCUGAGUUUGGGCUUCCAGAGGCUCAGGUCGGCUUGUAUGCGGCAGCGGGUGGCUUACCCCGGUUGGUUCGAACAUGUGGUAUGCAAGUCGCCACGGAGCUCGCUUUGACAUGCAGAAGGAUCCCCGCAGAAGAGGCUCUGAGUCUCCGCUUGAUUAACAAGGUCUCCAAGACGCCUGAAUCUGUUGUGGAGGAGUGCCUGGCUAUUGCAUCACGGAUUGUGCAGUUGUCCCCGGAUGCGAUCCUGGCGACGCGACAGGGGCUUAGGGCAGCCUGGGAGAAUCCAAGUGUGCAGCACGCAACUUCGCAUGUCCGUGAAAUGUACGCGGAUCGAGUGGUCAAAGGGGAGAAUUUUAAGAUUGGCAUAGAGGCCUUUGUAAAGAAAACCAGGCCACAAUGGGUGAUGCCUAAGAUUUAA